AUGGAUGAUGAUAUAGCGCCCAUCGUUAUUGACAGUGGAUCAUCGAUGACCAGAGCCGGUUUAAGCGGUAAAGAGGUCCCGAGUGCAAUCUUCCCUUCAGUGGUCGGGCGAUCACCUUUUCUUCAGGACCAGUCAACACUUUACAUUGGAGAUGAAGCCCGAAGGAGGAGAGCCAUAUUUCGUGAUCUCAGCCUGCACUAUCCAAUCGAACACGGCAUCGUCACCAACUGGGAGGAGAUGGAGCAAAUUUGGGAACACAUUUUCAAAAAGGAACUGAGCGUUGUCCCUGAAGAGCACCCGGUCCUUCUCACUGAGGCCUCCCUCAACUCAAAAGCAAAUCGUGAAAAGGUGACUACAGCAAUGUUUGAGAAGUUCAACACACCGGGAAUGUACAUUGCCAACUCGAGCUACCUCUCUUUGCUUUCUACUGGCCGACUCACCGGUAUCGUUCUGGAAUGCGGAGGUGGUGUGACACAGGUGGCUCCUAUUUGGGAAGGUGAAAUGGUGCCUCAUGCAGUUGAUCGCUACAACUGGGGCGGUGAAGAGAUAACGGACUACCUGGGGAAACUGCUCACUGAGAGAGGCUACUACUUUGGUACAUCAUCCGAACGGGAAACUGUUCGCAACAUUAAAGAAAAGUGGGGUUAUGUGGCUGAAAACUGGGAACAGGAGAUGGCUAAACUGGAAAGCAAUCCACAUUGGAGUGAAAUAUCACAUGAACUACCUGACGGUCAGGUGAUCACCAUUGGCAGUGAACGAUUUCGCUGUGUUGAGGCACUUUUUCAUCCAUCGCUUUUUAAUAUAGAAAAUUUAAGUCUCCACCAAAUGCUUAAUCGCAGCAUAGAAAAAUGCAGCACUAAUUUACAAGCAAGUUUGUACAACAACAUAGUCCUCUCUGGCAGUGGAACAAUGUUUUCGGGACUGGCUGACCGCAUUAAGAGAGAGAUAACUGCAAUAGCACCGUUAGGAAUGAGUAUACAAAUUAUUGCUAGUCCUGAACGCAAGGACUCAGCCUGGAUUGGCGGGUCUAUCUUUAGUUCACUUUCAACCUUUCAGAGCCUGCUGAUCACCAAACAGGAGUACGAUGAAUACGGGCCUUCAGUGAUUCAUCAAAAAUGUCCCCCACUGACGAUGGAGCAAUUUCGUUUCAUCUCCGAUGUUGAAAGUGUCUUUAAACCAGAUGAAAAUUAA